GGCGUGCCGUGCGUCAUUACGUCACUGAACAGCUGGCUAUAAAUACCGGUUCUCGCACCGCGUUCUUCCUUUUAGGAGGGCUUCUCCGAAAUGGCGCCGAAAAAAGAUAAAAAGCUUAAAAAAACUAUUUGCAAGUAUAACCUUGAUCUCACCCGUCCGGUAGAAGAUGGAAUAUUUGAUUCAGGAAAUUUUGAGCAGUUCCUGAAGGAAAAAGUUAAAGUGAAUGGAAAAACAGGAAACCUGGGAAAUGUAGUUCACAUUGAACGCUUUAAGAACAAGGUCACUGUGACGUCUGAGAGGCCGUUGUCGAAAAGGUACCUGAAGUAUCUCACUAAGAAGUACCUCAAGAAGAACAAUCUGCGUGACUGGCUGCGUGUGGUCGCAUCUGACAAGGAGACCUACGAACUGCGGUAUUUCCAGAUCAGUCAUGACGAUGAAGAGUCUGAAGCUGAGGAAUGAGCAAGGGCUUUUGUGAGGGAGUGUUUUGUUUGACGAGCAGUGUACUAAUAAACUUUCUGUUCGUGAGAACAUGUUAAA